AUGGCUCCUCAGGCAAAGAAGGGUGGCAAGGUCCAGGCCAAGAAGUACAUCAUCAACGCUUCGCAGCCCGCCAACGACAAGAUCUUUGACGUCUCGGCUUUCGAGAAGUUCCUCCAGGACCGCAUCAAGGUCGAGGGCCAGACCAACAACCUGGCCGACAACGUCACCAUCCAGCAGAAGGGUGACGGCAAGAUCGAGAUCGUCGCCCACUGCGACCUCUCCGGCCGUUACCUCAAGUACCUCACCAAGAAGUUCCUCAAGAAGCAGCAGCUCCGUGACUGGCUCCGCGUCGUCUCCACCUCGCGCGGUGUCUACGAGCUCAAGUUCUACAACGUCGUCAACGACGAGGCCGACGAGGACGACGAGUAA